CCGUGGUCGUGAGGCCACUUGCGAAGCCUUCGUUGGUCCGUUAGGGAUAUAGACGGCUAGUUCUCGGUCUAUGAAAUACUCGAAUCGAUAAAUUUAACGUAUGGCUCUGCACGGAUUGAAAUCUAUGUAAAUGCGAGUCAAUUUAUUUAUUUAUUUUUUUUGUGUAUGUAGGGGUGCAACAAACAUAUGUAAUUUUUCAAUACGGAAGAAGAUUAUAGAGUGACUUUUAUAAUUUACCGUUGAAAUCAUUUGUGGUUCUCCGAUAAUUGUCUGAUGUACUUUUAUGCAAAUAUCUCUUUGCUCCUACUCGUCAUACGUAUUCCAAUAGCUGUCGCAUAACAUCGUUGAGUGUUUUUUUCAACUCGUUGGAAUGCCCACCUUCGGAAAAUCGCGGCAGUUGUGAACCAUAAAAAAGUUUAUCAUUAAAAUAACACAGAAAAUUUGUCAGAUAACUCUAAUCGCCCGGUAGGCCGUACAUAUCAUAAAUUAAAUACUUAAGCAUCGGUUAAUAGUGAAGCAGCGAUGGGAUCCGAUAACGUGGAGGGUGCCUGCGCGAUUUGUGAAAAAUUGGCUACUCUCAGAUGCAGCAAUUGCAAAGGGCAAUUUUACUGUACCAAGGAGCAUCAGAAAAGUGAUUGGCCUCGUCACAAGACGAUUUGCCGAUCAUGGGAAAUUCAGGAGAACGAAGAGCUUGGACGGCAUUUAUUGGCCGCCAAAGACCUGGAAAUCGGCGAUCUCGUUGUUUCCGAACCACCUCUUCUCUGGGGUCCAGCUCCUCAUUCUUUGGAAAGGAUCUGCGUUGGAUGCGGAAAACAACAACCGGAAAAUCGAUGUCCAGGGUGUGCUUGGCCAACUUGCCACCCCCACUGCCCAGGUAUACUGGACCACGAUCGUCAUGGUUCGGAAUGUGCCAUUCUCGUGAAAACAAGGAUACUGCCGAGAUACGACGUUCUUUUGCCUCUGCGAUUCCUCCUGCUUCGUCGGCGUAGUCCGAAGCGUUGGGCUCUUCUGAACGCCCUUCAAAGUCACGAGGAUGCCCGUGGCCCCGGAACUGAAGCUCACGAGGAGACGCUCAGCUUGAUGCAGCAUCUCGCAUCCUUUUUAUCUCUAGAUCCGGCUUCGAGCGCCUCUUUCGCGAGGGUGUGCGGCCUCAUAGAUGUAAAUGCUCUGGAAACGAACCCACUCGAAGGUUCCGCUGCUCUUUACGAGACAGCCUGCCUUCUGGAACACAAUUGCAUCGCCAAUACGAGGCAUAGCUUUUCAAUCGACGCGAAGGGGCGACCCUGUAUUACCGUUCGCACCGUUACGUCUGUCAAGAGGGGUGAACACCUGAGCACGACGUACACGCACGCUUUAUGGGCAACCCGAAGUCGCCGGGAACAUCUUCUUGCGACGAAAUAUUUUUCAUGCCGUUGUCAGAGGUGCGCCGAUCCUACGGAACUCGGAACUCAUCUUGGAACAUUGCUUUGUCCUUGUGGUUCGGGUCUAGUAUUGCCCAGAGAUCCAUUAGACUCGGAAACCGAAUGGGUUUGUAAUGUUUGUCCCGGCGUUCUGACCUCGAUGGAGGUCAUGCAGCUGACCGAAAGACUCGGGGAGGAAGUCGAGGGCGCGAUGAAUCUAGCGAGUAGAGAGGCGCUUUCGGAUCUCUUGGGCAGGCUGCAGGUCCUGCUGCAUCCCGGACACCAGCAUUGCUUGACCGUCGGGCAUUCGUUGAUGCAGUUAUUGCCACCUGGCGAUCCUCAAAAAGUUGAGAUCUGUAGGCGAGUGAUUCAAACGACCGAAGCACUUGAUCCUUUUGGCGGACGUCUCGCGCUUUACACAGCGGUGGCCCUUAGGGAAUUGUCUUCGUGUCCCGGCGAAGACCGUAAAGGUCUCCUCGUUAGGGCUACGAAACUCUUAAAACUGGAACCACCGAACAGCCCUGGAGAAAAACUUCUAAGAUUGCUGGAGGCGGAGUUGCUUUGAGUUUAUUGCGGUCCCUCGAUAAAUCAAUUCUAAUUACCUAUCUGCGCUAUUCUUUUCUCAAUCCUUUAACGCAUCGUCUAUGGUUAUAAAAAUAUGAGACGAAAGAGGAGAUUUUAUCUUCCAACUUCUGAAGUGAAUAUUUUAAGUGGCGGUUUCCGACGAUGAUAUAAUCGAAUCGAUCGAUGUAAAAUAAAGACGUUUAACGUUAUGAAGAAA